UUCUGCUACAAGUCUCCCCCCUCCUCCAGACAACCAGCAAUGGCACACAAACAUGACUUCCUGUGGAUUUUGGGGUUUCUGCUUGUCCACGGGUCCCUUGCAAGACCCCCAGAUGAAAAUGACUACUAUCACCAGGAAAUUGUAUCCAGGGAUCAUUAUUACUCUUACCCGGACCCUGAGGAGAUACAGACACCCCUGGAGCCAGAAGGAGUGGAGGAGGUGGCCCCGGAGCCCAUAGAGGAGGUGAUACAUCAGAGCCAAGACACGAGGGAGGAGAACUACCCAUUGCCAAAGAAAGAGAUCAGCAAACCUAAAAAGAUUACCAAGAAGGUGGAAAAAUCCCACUUACAGAAACCAGCCAAAAACAGUAGCAAGAAGACAGAGAAAAACAAGAAAGCUUCGGAGAAGUUUGUUUAUGGAAUGAAUGAGGAGAAGAUAGUGCAAGAUGUCAGAGAAAGUUGUCCCCCUCUGGGGUUGGAGACCCUAAAGGUAACAGACUUUCAACUACAUGCGUCUACAGUGAAACGUUAUGGUCUUGGAGCUCAUAGGGGACGCCUCAAUAUCCAGGCAGGGGUAAAUGAGAAUGAUCUGUACGAUGGUGCUUGGUGUGCUGGGAGAAAUGAUCUGCAGCAGUGGCUAGAAAUAGACGCUCGAAGACUUACCAAAUUUACAGGGGUCAUUACUCAAGGCCGGAACUCGCUGUGGCUGAGUGACUGGGUGACCUCUUUUAGAGUGUUGGUCAGCAAUGACAGCCACAGCUGGGUGGUGGCAAAGAAUGGAACUGGAGAUGUGCUAUUUCCUGGCAACAGUGAGAAGGAGAUUCCUGUCCUAAAUGAAUUUCUAGAACCUUUGGUUGGCCGUUAUAUUCGGAUUAACCCCCGCUCUUGGUAUGAAGAUGGGAGCAUAUGUAUGAGGGUUGAAAUACUCGGAUGUCCUCUGCCAGAUCCCAAUAAUUAUUAUUAUAGACGAAAUGAGCUGACAACAUCAGACAAUCUGGACUUCCGACAUCACAACUAUAAGGAAAUGAGACAGCUGAUGAAGGUGGUGAAUGAAAUGUGUCCUAACAUUACCCGUGUCUAUAAUAUUGGACGUAGUCACGAGGGCCUCAAGCUCUAUGCCAUGGAGAUGUCUGACAACCCCGGGGAGCACGAAGUCGGGGAGCCAGAGUUUCGCUACAUGGCAGGAGCCCAUGGAAACGAAGUCUUAGGAAGAGAACUCCUACUGUUAUUGAUGCAGUUCCUCUGUCAGGAGUACAAGGCAGGCAAUAAACGCAUCUUACGGCUAAUUCACAACACCCGCCUCCAUUUCCUCCCAUCUGCCAACCCUGAUGGAUAUGAGAAGGCUGUAGAACUGGGCUCAGAGUUAGGUGGUUGGUCACUGGGAAGAUGGACGUCCGAUGGGAUUGACAUAAACAACAAUUUUCCAGAUUUGAACACGUUGUUGUGGGAGUCCGAGGAUCGCCCCAGGAAUCUCCGCAGAGUCCCUAAUAACCACAUCCCAGUCCCUGAUUGGUAUCAGUACCAGAAUGCCACGGUGGCAGUAGAGACCCGUGCUGUCAUCACAUGGAUGGAAAAGAUCCCCUUUGUAUUGGGAGGAAACCUGCAGGGUGGGGAGCUGGUGGUGUCAUAUCCCUUUGACAUGGUGCGUUCUCCAUGGAAGACCCAGGAAUAUACAGGAACACCAGAUGAUCAUGUGUUCCGAUGGCUGGCCUACUCAUACUCCUCUACCCAUCGGCAUAUGACUGACUCCAGCCGAAGGCCUUGCCACUCUGAAGACUUUAACAAAGAGGAGGGCACUGUGAAUGGGGCUUCAUGGCACACAGUUGCUGGCAGUAUCAAUGACUUCAGCUACCUCCACACCAACUGCUUUGAGAUUUCCAUAUAUCUGGACUGUGACAAGUACCCACAUGAGAAUGAAUUGGCUGAACAGUGGGAAAAUAACAGAGAGUCUUUGAUUGUCUUCAUGGAGCAGGUUCACCGUGGGAUUAAGGGUAUUGUGAAGGAUAUGUAUGGGCGAGGAAUUGGAAAUGCUGUUAUAUCUGUGGAAGGAAUCAAUCAUGACAUACGUACAGCGAGUGAUGGGGAUUACUGGAGACUUCUGAACCCAGGAGAGUAUGCCGUAACCGCUCGAGCUGAAGGCUUCACACCAUCAACCAAGAAUUGUGCAGUUGGAUAUGAGAUGGGAGCCACACGUUGUGACUUUGUUCUGACAAAGUCUAACCUAGCACGUAUCAAGGAAAUCAUGGAAAGAAUGGGGAAGCAACCGAUGAGCUUGUCCCUGCAGCGUAGGAAGGUUCGUUUUAGACCAGGACGCCAUGUCUAA